UAAUGCGUAUUGAUUUUUAUUUAGUUAUUUAUUUAUUUAUUUUUCUCCCUGUUCCAUUUGCCACGUCUGUCCUUUUUCCCAGUACUUUUCUUUCUCCUCCUCUCCUCGUUCAUCCUGUUCAGGCCGGAAUAUUACGAAGUCAUUUCUCCCCGCUAUUUCUGUCUUCAAAAUCCGUUUCCUCUGUUCUGUUUAAUUGAACCAGUUAAAAAGCAUAAUUAGCAUUUAAAUCUCUCUUCUACAGGAACACCCCCCCCCAUAUUGGUUACACACUCUCUCUCUCUCUCUCUCUCUUGCUCGCUCACUCACGCUCUCUCGCUCUCUCGCACGCACUCUCCGCUCGCUCAGUUUCUCCAUGUCUCUGUCGCUACGGCAACCAAUGCUUUUUCCCACUCUGACACACUCGGGCUCUCUCCGUCUCUCUUCCACUCCCUCCAUCAGCGGCGGAGAGCCAUCUGUUUAUGGUCCUUCAGUAAAAGUGUCAGGACUGAGCCCCCCCCCUCCCCCCUCAUAUGAAAUGAAUGGAGGAGCCGGGAGCCAGUGAAAAGAGCGGAGCGAUGGAGCGAUGCUCCAUCUCUGGACCGACCCCUCUCUGGUGCCUCCUGCUGGUUGUCGUUGUUACUCACCCCGCCUCCUGCCAAGAGGAGGCGGGCCACAUGCAACUGUCCGUCACUGCUCAGGCCACGCCCACUCCGCUCUGGGCAGUGGACUGGGGCCCAACACAGCCGCUGGAGGACGAGACGCAUCACCUCCUGUCCAGCCAGGAAACUGAGGGGGCCAAGGCUGCCACACCCGAGGCGUGGCCUCACCACUGGAACACGCCGGCCAACCAAACCCAGCAGCUGCUGUCCAUCGAAGCUAGAGACUCGGGAGAGGAGCCAGAAGAAGAGGCGGAGGAGAAAGACACUGAAGAAGUGGAUCCCCAGUUCUAUGUGACCGUGACUAUCUCGUCUUUGCUGAUUCUCUCGGCGGUCAUCAUCUCAGCCAAACUCUGCUAUGACCGCUCUCUCUCUCAGCGUCCUCCUCCUCUCUCGCUCGCCAUCCCUCGCUCUCUGGCCCAGGAGGACAGCAGGCAGACACUUCACAGCACCCCCUCCUUCCCUGACAGAGAGAGGAUUCCGGUGGUCAACCUCUGAGGAGCUGACCUCGCCGAGCUUUGUGACCAUUUCCUCCAGGCAUGGAGGAAACCGAAGGCCGCAUGUGUGAACGAUUUCGCAGACACGUGAACACACACACACAGACGGACACGAGAGGAGGUGAACGGAGGAGUGUGACUGAACAUAAGGGCGUGUACAUGUUUGCUCAAUGGACAGCCACAUGGACAGAUGCAGAGAUGGAAGGACAGCGUGUAAUUUAAACCCAGAGGUCCAGGCCUGUAAAUCUCUGACCUCACAAUGAUUCACAAUUCGAUUUAGCAAAUGAUUCAGUGCUUCAUAAAAUCUCAGAUUUCACCACAAUCAGAUUCAAUUCAGUUUAGCCAACAAUUCAGUGCUUUAUGAAAUCUCACGUUUCACAAUUUGAUUCUGUUUGAUUUAGUAAAUGAAUCCGUGCUUUAUAGCGUCUCAGAAUUCACCACGAUUCAGUUCAAUUUAGCAAACGAUUCAGUGUUUUUUGAAAUCUCACAUUUCACAACUAUUCAGUUCAGUUUGAUUUGGCAAAUGAUUCAAUGAUUCAUAAAUGAUUCAGUGCUUUAUACCACAAUUAGAUUCAAUUCGAUUUAGCAAACCAUUCAGUACUUCAUGGAAACUGACAUUUCACCACAAUUCGAUUAAACUCUUUAUGUGCUUUAUGAAAUUUCAGAUUUCAUCCUAAUUUGAUUCAGUUGAAUUUAGCAAGCUAUUCGCUGCUUCAUGAGAUCUUAGAUUUCACGAUUCGGUUGAAUUAGAUUUAGCAAAAAUUCUUUAGUGCUUUUUGAAAUCUUAGAUUUCACCAUAAUUUGAUUCAGUUUGAAAUAUCAUUUGAUUCAGUGCUUCAUGGAAUCUCAGAUUUCACCACAAAUCAAUUUGAUUUGAUUUAGCAAAUGAUUCAGUGCUUUAUGAAAUCUCAGAGUUCACCACAAUUGGAUUCAGUUCGAUUUGGCAAACUAUUCAGUGAUAUAGAGUUCUCUGAUUUCAUGAUAGUUCAACUCCAAAGAUUUAACAAACGAGUCAUUGCUUUUUGAAAUCUCAGAUUUCACCACGAUUCGAUUAGGUUCAGUUUGAUUUAGCCAACCACUAAUCGAUUCAAUCUGAUUUAACAAAGGAUUCAGUGCUUUAUGAAAUCCUAGAGUUCACCACAAUUGGAUUCAGUUCAAUUUAGCAAACUAUUCAGUGUUGCAUGAAAUUUCAGAUUUCACCAAGGUUCGUUUAGAUUCAAUUUGAUUGAGCCAUCGAUUCAGUGCUUUUUGAAUUGUCAGAUUUCAUCACAGUUUGAUUCAGUCCGAUUUAGCAUAGGAUUAAUUGCUUUAUUAAAUAUCAGAUUUCACAAUGAUUUGAUUCGAUUUUGGAUUUGAUUCUUCUGGUACAGUUCAGAAUCCGUUUUUUUAAAACACAAUGAAUACACAAACGUAACUAGAGAUACUGUUUACACAUUGUUAUAGAUUAUAGGAUUAUAGACAAUAAAAUCAGUGCACAAUUUUUGUGUAUUUUAUUUUGUAGAACUUUAUUGAGCAUUAUCAUAAAUUCAUUAUAAUGGAUUCUAAAUGAGCGCAGUGGAAGCAGCACCUCCAGUCUGAUGUAUUUUUACACUCCUGCCACUUUGAAAUGUUUUUCGGAUGCAUUUGCGCCUCUCCGUUACAUUUAGGUACUCGUUGCAGCCAUUCACAAAAGCUUAAUGAACACUACCUGCUUGCUCGGCUGUACCGUAAUCAUCACUAUGAGUUUACAAUCUCGGAGAUAUUAGUGUUCGGUUCCUUCUGUGGUUGCUCGUGUGUUCUGUUUGUUAAACACUACUGUGUAGCAUUUAUUAAGGCUCGAUGAAUGACUGCAUCUUGGGCAGAGAUAAAUGUAGCCUAUUUUUUUCUUAAGGUUCUGUAUCUAGACUGUUCUGUUUUAUAUAGCUGUGUCACCCUUGGCAACAGCAAAUGUGCUGAUGUUUACCACUACAGAAACCCCAUAAACUUGACGCUAGGA